UCAGUUUCACUGAGGACGACAUACACGACUUCACCCUCAAAGCGGUUACGGCUCAACGUGCACUUUCUCCGGGGAUUGCCAAGGGAUUUCAAUGUUUGGCCCGUUCUUUUGUUUCUGUGUUGAUUCGGAUCACACAUAUAUGGCGUUUGUGACCGUCUGCGGAGAGUUCUGCCAGGCUCAGCACCUCACCUUUGUGGACAAGUGAAUUUUUAGGCGCCCGAGGGACUACGCUACCCAAAAGCCUCCCUGACAGCCAGCACACUGGGUCCAGUCUGUCUCUUCUAUACCCUUUUGGGAUCCUGUGUAGUCCUCGAGCACGCCAGCCUCACUUCCUUCCUACAGCUUUUUCUCCCUGUAGCCAAUCAUAAACUCUUCUCCUGAAUGGGACGUCUUGCCAACAUGAACCGCCCUGCCGCUGUUGAGAUUUCCUAUGACUGCAUGAGAUUCCUCAUCACACACAACCCCACCAACUCCACUCUCAACAAGUUCACUGAGGAGCUGAAGAAGUUUGAGGUGAACACACUGGUGAGAGUAUGUGAAGCCACCUAUGACAAGGCACCAGUGGAGAAGGAGGGCAUUCAGGUCCUGGACUGGCCUUUUGAUGAUGGAGCUCCGCCCCCCACCCAGAUCGUAGAUGAUUGGUUAAACCUGCUGAAGACUAAGUUCCGAGAGGAGCCAGGAUGCUGCGUCGCCGUUCACUGUGUUGCAGGGUUGGGCCGAGCACCUGUGCUGGUGGCUUUAGCCCUAAUUGAGAGUGGAAUGAAGUAUGAAGAUGCAGUGCAGUUUAUAAGACAGAAGAGACGUGGAGCCUUCAACUCCAAACAGCUUCUUUACCUUGAAAAAUACAGACCCAAGAUGCGUCUGCGGUUCAAGGAUGCCAACGGUCACAACUGCUGUAUCCAGUAGUGUGUCAUUCUGUCAGUCAUGCAAAACAACAGUGGGAAUUUCAACCAGGGUAGAGGGGAGCAAAAGCUGUGGGUUAUAAUUGUGGUGAUUGUGUUUUUUUUUUUUUCUUGUUUUUUUUUUAUCAAAUGAAUCAUGGCUAAUCUAUCACAGAGAUGUAAUGAAUGAACGCUGAUCUAUGGAUUCACCAGCAGUAUCAAUGCGAAGGGUCAAAGCACACAGAUCAGCCCGUAAACCUGGUUGGUUAACCAGCGUUAACAGAAACGGGCAAGAAUACACACAAGUUCCCCUGAUUUCCCAAAUUUACAAUCAUGGGAUGACUUUUUAUUUUUUGUUAUUUCAGAACGAGUACUUUGAACCAUGAUGGGAAGAUUUACAAUUGUAAAAUGCUGUCAUUGUUGAUUUUUAUUAAGACUUAUUUUGUUGGGCAUGUUUUUUUUGUUUUUUUUAGCAUUUCCACAGACAAUAGCCAAUUUUGUUACAGAAACAACCUAAGUAGGCAUAUGAUAUUUUUUCACAAAACAAAAUUAAGAAGUUUCUUUCCAAUGCAGCAAUUGCCCCCUUGAAAUCACUUUUAAUUUAGGGUUAGCCUUGGUUUUAAAUAUGUCAGCUGUAUUUAUUCACAAUAAUUAGUGUCUUGUCAGGAGUGUGGGUGGGUUUAGGACACUUCUUUCUUUCAUGGAGCCAUGUUAUUUUCUCUUGUUUUUGUAAUCUGUGGGGAGUGCAAUAUUCUGUCCAGCUUAGAAAAGCCCUCACCCUUAGGACCGUCCUACAUCCAAAUUCAAAUACAGGAGGACACUUGGCUUGUCUUAGGUACUCACUUUCUAUAGCUGCUCUUCGCUGGCUGGUCAGUAAAAAGCUUUACCGUUGACCUUGUUGUGACGCACACAUAAUGUGUACUGUUCAGCCCUCAGACACUGAAGGAAGUGAGAGGCGGGAGACAGGUCAGCUCUUAGUUUUUUUUAUUUUUAAUCAUUGUGCCCAUUUUGGAAACAGCCCCUCUUCAUCUUGGUUUUAAGACAAAUAAAUGAAUUGAAAUUGA